AUGGGCGCGGGAGGAGAGGCGGCGCUGGCGUGGGCGGAGCGCCGCCACCACGGCGGAGUUCCCCGCCGGCUGGUCAUCGCCGCCGUGGGCGCCUUCGCCAAGGCCGUCGCCUCCCUCCUCAACACCACCACCGUCCACAACGCCGACAACCUCCUCCGCCUCGUCCACUCCCGGCCCUCUGGCCGGCCCCUCCUCACCGUCAGCAACCACAUGUCCACGUGAGUCCACCUCCUUCCUGCUCUCUCUCUCUUCCUCCUUCCGAUCUAAUCUUCCGCGAAACCCGAUUCGGCUCCUCAGUCCAUUAAAAUCCUCGCAGACCAACUAUUUCUCUGCAGAUCUACUGAGCCACUCGCCAGGAUCGACGUUGACGCUCGCUUGAUUCAACAGAUUCGAUUCGCUUUUUUCUUGUUCUUCAUCACUCUGAGUUCGUUCUCCGCCGGUCCCGUAACCUCUGUUUGUUCAUCGAAAUCGUUGGAGCAUCGCCGCUGCCCACAAUUUUUAUUUUAUUUUUAUUUUCGUCAGAGAGAGUGAGAGGGGAGAUCUCGAUCUCAAGCUCUGAGCAUGAACCAGGCUGGAUGACCCACUCAUGUGGGGAUUCGUGGGCUUCCCGACUAUGGACGCGGGGCUCGCGCGGUGGGUUCUGGCAGCCGAGGAUAUCUGCUUCAAGAACAGAUUCCUCUCCUACUUCUUCCGUCUCGGUAAGAUCCAGAUCUCGCUCUCCACUUUUCUUCCAAAUCGAAUUUUCUACGAGUUCAUAUUCUGCGGGCAAUCUCAAAUCAUUUUCUUACCAAAGAACGGGGGAAAAUUCUAUGAUGGGUAAUUAAGUACCCGUCACCUUCAUUCAUUCUCCAACGAGCUUAUCCCACGGCCUUUCCCUCGCGCUUGUGCUCUUCUUUCUCGUAUACUAUCCUCCCGUUGUCCGACUAAACCCUAACCCGUUGUGAUCUUCAAUGCUGAAACACUGACGCCCUAUAGCCCUGAACCCUAAUACCCAGAAAUCUUCAACCUUAAGGGGCCUAAAACCCUGAAACCUUAAAAGCAUCGUCAGAGCUCGACAUUCUCCCUUCGAUAAAUUCCCCAUCAAAUGCGUUCCCAUCUUCAUGUAGAAUCGGUGAGGGAGCAUCCUUCUACGAUUUGCUCUGCGGUCUCUCUCUCUCUCUCUGGUCUUUAUUAGGACAUCUUUCCGGCCAUGGCAGGGAAAUGCAUCCCCAUAUCGAGAGGUGGGGGGAUCUACCAGGAGAACAUGAAUGAGGCCCUCGACGUUCUGGGCCGUGGCGGCUGGGUACUCUCUCUCUCUCUCUCUCUCUCUCUCUCUCUUCCUUCCCCUCCCUCUCUCCCUCUCCUCUGACCCUUUGGCGAGCAGCUGCAUACGUUUCCCGAGGGCAGGAUCUCCCAAGCCGGCGGACCCAUCGGUCGGCUCAAGUGGGGGACGGCGAGCCUCAUCCACCGUUCCCACGUCACCCCCCUCGUCCUCCCCAUCGUCCACGCCGGCUUCGAGCAGGUGAUCUUCUUCUUCCUCUUCUCCUUCCUCUUCCUUGGCUGCUUCUCCUUCUUCCAUGGAUGGCUUGUUCUUCUUCUUACUGAGGAGGUGUGGGCAGGUGAUGCCGGAGGAGGGGGGGUUGAUGGGGGGCAGGCCGCCGGUACCGCUGUGGAGGAAGCACGUGCGGGUCGUGGUCGGGGAGCCGAUGGAGUUUGACCUGCCGGGCCUGCGGGAGACGGCGCGGAGCGUGUCCCGGGGGUUGACCUUCCGAAGCCUCGGAUGGCCCCGAAGUCAGCACGACGACCUGGAUGAGGCUGCCCAGCGCUGGCUUUACAUGCACAUCUCCGACCGCAUCCAGUCCGCCAUGGAGACCCUCAGAACCACGCUCCACCACAAAUGA